AUGGCCUCAGCCCAGCUCUCUGACAUCAGGCAGGCCCCCUCUCCCACUGCCCAUGACUUUCAGUGCAGCGUGGACUUCCGAGAUGUCCACAACACUGGCACUCACCCCAACGCAUACCCCCACUCAGUGCGGCUCCCGGUCCGGGACACAUCCAGGUCGCCCCCACCAGCCCCGCGCCGCCCCGCACUUCGCCCCCACGCGGCCGCAGCACGCCCACCCGCCGCAGCCGGCGCGCGGGGUCAGGGGGCGGUGACAGCCCGGCGGCGGGGGCGGAGAUGCCACCAGCCGCGGUGUCACCCAGCCCGGGAGGCGACUCGCGCCCCGUCGGCCGCGCGGGUGCAUGGCCACCCCUCCGGGCCGCUCCCGCCGCCCCGGGGCCCCGCGGCGCCCUCCGCCCGGGCCUCCCCUCCCCCACACAACCGUCCCGGCGUCCCGUGGCCCCGGUCCCCGGCCGCCUCGGGUCCCGCCUCCCGGGACUUCCGGACCGCUGGCGCCGCCCGGGCCUCACCUGCCAUGUCCCGAACCCCACCACAGAUGGAGGUGCAUCACGGCCGCGAGAAGGCCGGGGGCAGCGCUUCACAGCAGACAAAGGGCGCCGCCAUGUUAGAACCGGGCGGAACCGACCUCGCUGGCUUCCCGGCUGGGACUUCCGUCGCUGGCGCAGCGCUCGUCCGAGGUGCGCGACCGCCGGCAGGCGCAUGCGCCGUGCCAGCCGAAAGGAUCAAACCCAGCAACUCGGACUGGGUAAAUAAAUUACUCAGUGGCCUGUUGGGAGCCGACUCCUAGCAGAAAGCGGCUGUCAUCUCUGCAGCCAUCUCGGGCUAUUUACUUACAAGUUGGUACUUUUCCACCCUGACAAGAGACUUGUUUUCCUACCAUGAUGUUUUUGCAAGAAGCCCACCACAGCUGAACACACUCUGAUAACAUCUUGUUUUUCUCUUACAUAUCCUGGAUUUGUGGUUAAGUAUCUCCUGCCAUACUCCCAGCAAGUGCAUAUAUACCCAUAGUUGCCUUCCAAUAAAUGAGAUUUGAUCAGA